GCUCAGCGGGUGGUGCGCCCGGCUCUUCUGCUGCGCACAGCCCGGCCCCGGACCGCGGGCAGCGCGCACUUAGAGGGGCGGGUGCAAGCGCAGGGCGGGACCUCUAAGCCCGGCCCCACCUCCAUCUGAAAAAAGGAGCAGCAGGCUGCAGGGCUCCGGCGCGCAUUCCAGCUGCCGCCCUGCCUAUUCGCGUCUUCGGUGGGAGCUCCAGCAUCUCCUUGGCUCGAAAUGGACCCCAACUGCUCCUGCGCCACUGGUGGCUCCUGCACGUGCGCCGGCUCCUGCAAGUGCAAAGAGUGCAAAUGCAUCUCCUGCAAGAAGAGCUGCUGCUCCUGCUGCCCCGUGGGCUGUGCCAAGUGUGCCCAGGGCUGCGUCUGCAAAGGGGUGUCGGAGAAGUGCAGCUGCUGUGCCUGAUGUGGGGACAGCUCCGCUCCCAGAUGUAAAUAGAACAACCUGCACAACCUGGAUUUUUUUUUAAUACAACGCUGAGCUAUUUGUUGCAUUUCUUUUUAUAUUAAAUAUGUGAAUGACAAUAAAACAA